UUCACCCCCUGCUCCAGCACGCCUGGGCCGUGCACCCCGGUCCCUACCAGCGUCCCAUCGCCUUCGGGCUCAAAGUCAGGGGCCGCUGCCCCUUUCAGACCACUGUUUAAGGACUUCGGGCCGCCUUCCAUGGGCUUUGUGCAGGAGAUGAAGUCACCAGCGCCCAGGGCUCCCAGAACACCCUACAAGGACCUGCUGUCGGUCAUAGAGGAUAUGAGCAAAGAGAUCCGGCCCACCUAUGCUGGCAGCAAGAGCACCAUGAAGGGCCUGAAGAGAGAUAUCAUCCACGCCCGGGCCCUAAUCGGAGAGUGCCUGGCAGAGACGGAGUGGAGCGUCCGCACGAAACAGGAAGCCCCUCAGCCUCAGGGUCUGGACCUUUUCUGGACAUUGCAGAGCACCCGCUUCUCCCUGGCCUUCAUCCCGAGCUGCACUAGCCAUCCUGGACUUCCUGUCCUGUGUCCCUUGGUGGGUGCCCUCCAGGAACCAAGGGGCGGCUCUCACUCGAGGUGGCAGCACUAA